GAUUUCCUUUAGCCUCCGGUUGGGGCUGCUGUUUCUCUGAUUAGACCUCAGGCAGAAUUGCUACUGGGUUUGUUUGAUGUCUUUUUCCUUCCCAGCGUUUGCACGGUACCAUCCUGUUAUCAUUAUUAGUUGCUGUGCUAGUUAGUUUUUGUCACCUGGACACAAACCUAGACAUCUGGGAAGAGAGACUCUCAUCUAAGGAAUCAUCUCCAUCUGAUUAGCCUGUGGAGCAUAGUUUUGAUGUUUGAUCGGUAUGAGAAGAACAAGCGCACUGGGUGGUACUCUACCCCGGACAGGGCAUCAUGGCUCUUUGAGUAAGGCACAGAUGGAGGGAGGGCUGAAGGUUGAAGUCGAUGGGGGAAAAGAGUGAAGAGAGCCCUCUUUGGAGUGGGCAGCAAACUCCCUAGACGAGUGAAUGCAGGACACCUCCAGUGUCUACUGACACUGUCUAGUCACUAAUAAAGAAGUGUGCUGGUGUCAUGGCUGCCAGGCUCAUCGGAUUCUUCCUGUUGCAGGCAGUUUCUUGGGCAUAUGGUGCCCAACCCUGUGUCCCCAAAAGCUUUGGUUACAGCUCAGUGGUGUGUGUCUGCAAUGCAACAUACUGUGACUCUCUUGACCCUGUGACCUUGCCGGCUCUGGGUACCUUCAGCCGUUAUGAGAGUACUCGAAGUGGACGUCGGAUGGAGCUGAGUGUCGGGUCUAUCCAGGCCAACCGCACUGGCACAGGGCUACUGCUCACCUUGCAGCCAGAAGAGAAGUUUCAGAAAGUGAAAGGAUUUGGAGGCGCCAUGACAGACGCCACUGCACUCAACAUCCUUGCCUUGUCCCCUGCAACUCAGAAUCUGCUACUCAGAUCCUACUUCUCUACCGAGGGAAUUGAAUAUAACAUCAUCCGAGUACCCAUGGCUAGUUGUGACUUCUCCAUCCGUGUAUACACCUAUGCUGACACCCCUGAUGACUUCGAGUUAGCCAACUUCAGCCUCCCGGAAGAAGACACCAAGCUCAAGAUACCCCUGAUUCACCAAGCCCUGAAGAUGUCCUCACGCCCCAUUUCACUCUUUGCCAGUCCCUGGACAUCACCCACUUGGCUCAAGACCAAUGGAGCAGUGAAUGGGAAGGGGUCACUCAAGGGUCAGCCAGGGGAUAUCUAUCACAAGACCUGGGCCAAUUACUUUGUCAAGUUUCUGAAUGCUUAUGCUAAGUACAACAUAAAAUUCUGGGCGGUGACAGUGGAGAAUGAACCUACUGCAGGGCUCCUAACUGGGUACCCCUUCCAAUGCCUGGGCUUCACUCCCGAACACCAGAGAGACUUCAUUUCCCGUGACCUAGGGCCAGCCCUUGCCAACAGUUCUCAUGAUGUGAAGCUACUCAUGCUAGAUGAUCAGCGGUUGCUGCUACCCCGCUGGGCACAGGUGGUGCUCUCUGACCCAGAGGCAGCCAAGUACGUUCAUGGCAUUGCUGUUCACUGGUAUAUGGAUUUCCUGGCUCCAGCCAAAGCUACUUUAGGAGAGACACACCGCUUGUUCCCCAACACAAUGCUCUUUGCUUCAGAGGCCUGUGUGGGCUCCAAGUUCUGGGAACAGAGUGUUCGAUUGGGCUCGUGGGACCGAGGGAUGCAGUAUAGCCACAGCAUCAUUACGAACCUCAUUUACUAUGUAACUGGAUGGACCGACUGGAACCUUGCCCUGAAUCCUGAAGGUGGGCCCAACUGGGUCCGCAACUUCGUUGAUAGCCCCAUUAUUGUCGACAUCCCCAAAGACACAUUUUACAAACAGCCCAUGUUCUACCAUCUUGGCCACUUCAGCAAGUUCAUCCCCGAGGGAUCCCAGAGAGUGGGGUUGGUGGCCAGUGAGAAGAACGACUUAGAAACAGUGGCACUGUUACGCCCCGAUGGCUCUGCAGUUGUGGUCGUGUUAAACCGAUCUUCUAAAGAUGUCCCUCUUACCAUCAGUGAUCCUGACCUGGGCUUCCUGGAGACCAUCUCACCUGGCUACUCCAUUCAUACUUACCUGUGGCGUCGCCAGUGAUAGAACUGAUACCUAGGCAGGUCACCAGGCUUAGCAUGGACAUUAAAGGGGAAGAGUUAGCUCCUGCGCUAUCUGUGACUAAAGAAGGCACGGCUGGGCCUGGGGGACCUUACAGUGGCAGGGGCUGGCAAGGGUUUGGGUGUCUCAUUCUCCUUUCUAGUGUGUGCUAUGUGUGGGUGGGAAGCCCUCGGGUCCCAUGGUUAUAAAGUGUGUGCCAUGCACUGUUUGCCUGUGGAAGCUGAGCCUAGGUCCAGGGUGAGUUCACUGUCUAUGAAGCACAAGAUGGGGAUGCCUAGGGAAGUUGGACCUGUGCGGAGGAGCAAGGUUAAGUCCAUCUAGGGGCUGAAGCAGCUUUUGAACCUGAGGUGCCAGAGGGUAGGCCUGCACCUCCGCAUCCUCAUUGUAGCAUCUAAGAAUGGCAGCAGCCACAUAAAGAAGAAAAUCUUUGA